AUGGGGAAGGGUGGGGAAGGAGGAGUUGGAGCAGGGAAGAACAUGGCUGCCUGGCUGAUGGGCGUCAAUACUCUCAAGAUCCUCCCCUUUGAGCUCCCUCCGCUCGGUAUCAAUGCCUCACGAGCUCUGUGUUUCUCUGUGUAGCACUACUGGCAAAGACCGUCUGGCGAAAACGCCGUAGGCGAUGGCUGUAGUCCCCUUUGACCGUCUGCCUGGCUGUAGUCCUUCCAGAAUGCUAUAUCGCAUUCUGAAGGACUACAGCAAGAAGGAAAAUGAAGUCCAUACUUUUGUUGUUAGAAGAGAAAAUGCUCCAUCAUAGAGAGUUUUGUUUAGAGUAUCGUCGGUUUCAGAUCGAUGGAGAACGGUUGUUUCCGUUCUGAAUGCCAUGAGAAAUCGUUUUGCUGUUGCAGAUGCGCAUGAUGUUAGGGUUCGGAUGAAGGCCGUGGGCAUCUGCGGCAGCGAUGUUCACUACCUCAAGGUGAGAAAUGAAUCGGAAGAAGGAAUGGGGGGAGAUCCCCUCGCGUCCUCAGUCUUCGUAUGGGGAUCUCAGAUCCUGAAUAAGUAGUGCGGAUUCAAGCUCUGGUUCGUGUUCUAGAGCAGACUCUGAGGUGCGCCGGCUUCGUCGUCAAGGAGCCGAUGGUGAUUGGGCACGAGUGCGCCGGGAUCGUGGAGGAGGUCGGUAGUGAGGUGAAGUCGCUGGUCGCCGGGGACCGUGUUGCUCUGGAGCCGGGCAUCAGCUGCUGGCGGUGCAGCCACUGCAAAGGCGGUCGCUACAAUCUCUGUCCCGACAUGAAGUUCUUCGCCACACCUCCUGUCCACGGAUCGCUUGCAAACCAGGUCCUCCUCUCUCUCUCUCUACCAGACAUCCUCCUUUGUUGCUUCACAUCUUCAGACCUCAGAACGCCAUUGACCUUAUGUUCUGUUCUGGACACAGGUGGUGCACCCUGCUGAUCUCUGCUUCAAGCUGCCGGCGAAUGUGAGCCUGGAAGAAGGAGCAAUGUGCGAGCCCCUCAGCGUGGGAGUCCACGCCUGCCGCCGUGCCGAGAUCGGCCCGGAGACGACGGCGCUCGUCAUGGGAGCCGGCCCGAUCGGCCUUGUUACGAUGCUCGCCGCCCGCGCAUUCGGAGCCCCGAGGAUCGUCGUUGCCGACGUCGACGGCCACCGCCUCUCUGUGGCGAAGUCGCUCGGCGCCGACGAAGUCGUCGUCGUCUCUCCCCACGUCCAGGUUCUUCGCCACCGGCGCCGUCUCUCCGUUCGUCGACUCCGAAAAACUGAGCUCUCCUCUUGAUUACAGGACGUGGAGGCGGAAGUAGCUCGCAUACAGAACGCCAUGCGAGGUGAAGUGGACGUCGUCUUCGACUGCGCGGGGUUCACCAAGACUAUGUCCACAGCCCUCAGCGCCGCCCGCGCCGGCGGGAAGGUCUGCCUGGUGGGGAUGGGCCACAACGAGAUGACCCUCCCUCUCACUCCGGCGGCGGCGAGGUAGUCUACUCCCUCCUGCUCCUCCACCGGCAGCAUUCUCCUGCCCUAAUUCCGCUUUUUCCCCAUCAACCUUCCGGGAAACAGGGAAGUGGACGUGGUCGGCGUCUUCCGGUACAAGAACACCUGGCCUCUGUGCCUGGAGUUCCUGAGCAGCGGGAAGAUCGACGUGAAGCCCUUGAUUACGCACCGGUACGGCUUCUCCCAGCGUGAGGUGGAGGAGGCCUUCGAUGUCAGCGCCCGCGGUGGCAGCGCCAUUAAGGUGAUGUUCAAUCUGUGA